AUGUCACAAGCAAGAGAGGAUCGCGUCGAACACGCGUUAACACAGCUACUUGAACGCGUCCUACCCACAUACCCCGACGAAGAUGAAGCGCAAUCGGAUGAGCGAUUCGACAAUGCCUACAACUUCGCUAUCGAACCCGAUCUCAACCACGUCUCCGACCUCAUCAAGAGGAAACUUGUGAGAGACAAUUCGAGCCCGAACAAAGCCCUCAAUUUCUCGAAUCUCUUCUCGAAACUCAUUACGCAGCCGGUCUUGAGUCAGAAAUGGGCGAUGCUCUACUUUCUAUACCAACUCUCAGAUUCAAGCAUGCCAUCCACCACAAUUCCUGCCGCGCACAAUACGCUUGCCGCCGACGUUGAGCAGCGGGCUCGUAAUCCAUCCACACCGCACAAAGUUAGGGGCGAGCGACAAGGUAGCGUUGACAGCCCCUCUCUCAACGAGGCCUUCUCGAAUGCAGGACUGCGAAGACUCCCCCUGAACGGUGGCUCCCCUCAGCCCUCUCCCCGACCGCCACCAAUACAUCACGAAAAAGCGGAGAGAAGGCGGGAGAAGCCCGCAGUGGAUGGGAUUAAGGAUAAGUCUCGCGAAGAGUCACCACAACGUGAGCAGAGAUACCCACCGAUGAGCCCAACCGAACCAGCGCUGCUCCGCGAUCUUCCUUUCACCCUGCAAGGUCUAUCUUCUACAAAUUUGGUUUUUUCCCACCAUGAAACAGCAGCGCUCAAGCUUCCUACCACACUUCCUGUUCCCCUCAUAAGUCUACUACAUACCCUCGCCGAACCAUCGCUACUAUACCGUGGGCUAUCGCAAUUUGUGGAGUCGACAGAGGGGGGAUUGGUGGGACAAAGUUUCCGGUCAGCGCUGAGCAAAGAGCUGAGGUCGUACCUUGGUCUUGUAGCCACGUUGGAGGGACAAAUCAGGCAGGCACUUGCAAUGCUAGACGCUUCUCAGCCACGGCAAGGAAUUGGCAAAGCUGGCGUAACCCUUAAGCGUUGUGUAAUUUGGACGAGAGAGCCCACAAUGGGACUACGAUUAAUGAGUUUAAUGGUUGAAGAGUCAAAAGGCAAAAAGGGCGGGCAGUUGAUUUCGUUGAUUCAUUCGUUUUCACUAACGCAUGGCGACCCUUAUGUCGGAGCAUUUGCUGAGCGACUGCUUGCGCACGUGACACGACCUUUCUACGAUAUGUUACGACAAUGGAUCUAUGACGGCGAGCUGGCUGACCCUUACCUCGAAUUUUUUGUCUCGGAGCAAAGCGAGGAUGAAAUCACAAACACGAACGGCGACGGUCAAAAAGGUGGUGCUACCAGCGUUUGGGAAGACAAAUACAAACUCGACGACCGCAUGAUUCCAACCAUCAUUACGGAAGAUUUCGCGAAUAAGGUGUUUUUGAUCGGGAAGAGCUUGAACUUCAUCCGAUACGGGUGUGGGGAUGCCGCUUGGGUAGAAAGCUACUCCAAAGAGGCAUCGAAAGAGCUGCGCUAUGGCGACACCGCCGGCCUCGAACAUUCAAUCGGAGAAGCGUAUAAAACGACAAUGGCGCGUCUCAUCAGUCUGAUGGUCGACAAAUUCAAGCUUCUUGAACAUCUCCAGGCGUUAAAGAAAUACAUCCUCCUUGGCGCUGGGGACUUCAUCGCCGUUCUCAUGGAAUCACUAUCCUCAAAUCUCGACCGUCCAGCUAACACGCAAUACCGACAUACCCUUACUGCUCAACUCGAACAUGCCGUCCGCAACUCAAACGCCCAAUACGAUUCUCCGGACGUUCUUCGACGCCUCGACUCCCGCAUGUUGGAGCUUUCGCACGGCGAGAUCGGCUGGGACGUCUUCACUCUCGAAUACAAGAUUGACGCUCCAGUCGACGUCAUCGUAACCCCAUUCGGCUCGAAGCAAUACCUCAAAGUUUUCAAUUUCCUUUGGCGCGUCAAGCGCGUCGAAUUCGCACUUGGCUCCACCUGGCGUCGUUGCAUGACAGGCGCCCGUGGUGUUCUUGGGACCGUGUCCGACAAGGUUGGUACUGAUUGGAAGAAAGCUCGGUGCGCCGUUGCAGAGAUGAUCCAUUUCGUCAACCAAUUGCAAUACUACAUUCUCUUUGAAGUCAUCGAGUCGUCUUGGAAUGACCUCCAGGAAGCGUUGCGCAAGCCUGAGAGCACCCUGGACGAUCUCAUCGAGGCCCACGCUAAGUACCUCACGAGCAUUACGAGGAAAGGCCUGCUGGGUAGCCAGCACGUGGACUUCACGAGCCAGCUACACGAGCUGUUGAAGAUCAUGCUUGCCUACAAGGACGCAGUAGACGGCUUAUAUUCCUUCUCUGUCGCAGAGUUCACCCGGCGGCAGGAAAUCAGCGCGAAGAUUGAGACACGCACCGCAGAAGGCCGAUGGGGCAUAUCAGAGAAGGACGCGCUCGACAACGACGCUACGCCUGGCGCCACCAAGGGUCGCAAACCUAGAUCUGCCGAUACAGAUUCUCCUUUCCCUAUCAUGCAGCCCGCAGGCGGCAACGAGGACGACGUGCUGCCUGCACUACGUAUCCGACUUGGGAAUUUGCUGGUGGAAUUCAGAAGUAGGGUCAAUGUUUUGCUAGGCGAUUUGUAUCACCAGCCUGAUCAUGAUAUGAGGUGGCUGGCCAUGGUUAUGAAUUUCAAUGAUGUGUAUCAGCCAGCGAGGCGGAAGCGGAGAACAGAGAAGAAGAAAGAGACCCCGAAGCCCGGCUCAUCAGAGGCUGGAGUCGAAAAGGGAAAAGGGAAAGGGUAGGUGGGAACUGAAUUUCACGUGGGUUUCUUGGGUGCGUGCUGGUGCAUUGGGAAAAUGGCGUUGAAGUUGGGGGCCGUAACCUAAUGGUUUACAAUUCAAUCCAGACCUAUGUAAAAUGACCUAUUCCCUGUCCAACAGCAUUCCAAAACUAUGACACUAGAUGGAUCGUUGAACCAAAUCAAAUGACACAAGGAAAUGC